GACAAAUAUAAAACGUUGUUACAGGUAUUCGUGGUACCAUUUCUGACACGAACUACAAAUGUCAUGUCGUCGUAGAAGUCAUACAACUCCGGGUUAUUUACAACCUAGAACUUUGGAUGAUCGGAUUAGGGACGACUAUCGCUAUAAUUAUCGAGGAUCAAGGUACUCAAGGCGCUAUCAACCAAAUUAUGACGACUUCUACGCACGUCCGCCUUCUGUAUAUCAGCCUGUAGAACCCUAUUAUCCUAGGCCUCGUGAAUCCUACUACGUUCGUCCGCCUUCAGUUUAUCAACCUACAGAAACACUUUAUCCUGGGCCUAUGCCAAAUAGUUAUCAGCGUCAUAGUUAUGCUCAACCUGUUUCUUAUCAGCCUGUUUAUCCAUCAUAUCGCGAAGAUGUGUACGCUCCAAGCACCUAUUCGUCGUAUCCACGCCGUCGUUCAAUGUCUAACAAUCCUCUGAUAGAUCCUGACACGAUUUCCAAUAAUGGCAAUACACUUUCAUAUUCUCCGCGUACAUACCCAAGGGUUCAGAUUUACCAUACAAGGAAUACAAACGAUGGGUACUAUUAAUAAAGAGGAUACACAUCUUCUGGUUUCUGUUUAAACCAUGUUGAGUUUUGUUUUUAAUCUUCAGAAUGUUUUGAAGAAUUAAGAAAUAUAUCACGAGAUGCUUUGAUCAUACUCUGAACAUAAACCUUUUUGAAUAAUGUAUAAUUAAAAAUGAGCUUAUAAGCAAGAAUUUUAAAAUUUCUUUAUAUUUAAAUACAUUUUUUUGACAUCUUUUCUUUCUUUCUUUUUUUUGAAUUUGUUAUAUAAUCAUAUGAAGAUGAAUACAUGAACUGUUGUUUUAAUGAAAAGAUGUAACAUAAAUAUUUAUGUUCAUCAUCUAGGCAACUAACUAUUAAUGUUAACUUGAAUAAAGAAUGAAAAUUUAAAGGAUUUUUUUUUAAUAAAGAACUAUCGUAUGUUUACUGUUAAAUAAUGAAUUAAUU